GCUGCGUGCUGGUUUAGCGGCAGUGCAGUUGGAGCCGGACUGACGCACGCAAGCACUCUCUCAAGUCUCGCUGUCUUGAACUAACCCCAUUCUUGGCUGAGAGUCGGCAAAACCUACCACGGAUAAAACUGCACCAAAGCGGGCAACCAAUUGGACGCUGCGUAAAAAGACGCACCGGCUCAAGCACCCCCAAAGAGGCGCAGAAGGCAAGACGCGGGGGCUCACCCGGACCGGAGCGCUUCGUGAGCGGAUCAGCGUCGCGCCGGUCACAGGGGAGAGGAGCCCCUCCAUGGAUGUACUCUGAUUUUCCCCGCUCCUCGCACCAGGGGCCCCGGCAGCUGUCGCCACUCGAGGGGGCGGGGGGCGACGCUGGAUGGUGGUUCUUUUGGAUUUAUACCCCUGCGGAUUCACAAGGGUCCACUUUAGCAACUUUUUUUUUUCUUUCUGACAAGUGGACUACAUGAUCCAAAUGAGGAUUUCUGUAUUGAAACACUGGAUUAAGAAGAGAUUACCCUAAAAAAAAAUUUUUUUUAAAGGAGACGAGGAUCCACAUUUGGGGACCGGCACAGCUGCCGAUGCCAGGAGUGGGAGCGUGAGGCCGACUCCGGGCUUCCUGUGUUUACAUCGCAGAACAUUUGGAAAAAGUCUCAAGAAGAUCAGGAUGGCGAGAGUAUACGUGCUGUGCCUGCUCCUGAUCUGCUGCCUGGACAGACUCUUGGCCAGAACCCACAACGGGGCAGGAAGAAUGAAAGAUCAUCGGCUGUCCAGGCCAUUAAUUAUGCCAGGUUACCCAGCAAACAUCACAGCAUCAGUGGCCGGUCAGGCAAAGCUGAUGUGUAAAGUCCAUCGACCGGUGUCCACCAAGGUGCAGUGGUUGAAGGUGGGGCUUGUUGGACCGGGCCAUGGUGGACCACCGCACCUCAGACCCCUCACGCCCCUGCAAAGCAAUAUGUCCAAGGUGAGCACGCUGCAUCUGUCUAACAUCAGCAUGGAGGAUGCCGGCGAGUACGUCUGCAUGGCUGAGAGCAAACACAGAGGGAAAACUGUGCAAGCUAUGCAGUCUGCGUGGCUGGAAGUCCUUCCAGGUACAGGUAUUUCCAAAACGCUGGACUCGACUGAAACAGCAAUUUCACAAGUUCUUGGGGACCAGAGUAAGAAAACCACAGAGCAUCUCCUACUCGAGCCAGGCAAUGUCCUGAAACUGCGCUGUGACAUGACUACUCGGCCGGGCAUGGCGGUGAACUGGUACAAAGAGGGAACCCGGCUAGUGCCCACACCACGAAUCCAGAUCCGAGGCACCGUUAUGAUGAUCGCUGACAUUACAUACGAGGACUCUGGAGUUUACGUAUGUGUUCUCCGUGGAACCAGAGGACCCGUGAAGAAUUUCACAGUCACCGUCACUGACUCACUGGGCUCAGGAGAUGAUGAUGAGGACAACGGCUUUGAUGAUCCAGCAGAGAUUGAAAAUGAUCAAGUUUAUGUUUCCAGAGGUCCUUACUGGACUCACACCCAACGUAUGGAGAAAAAGUUGUAUGCCGUACCGGCAGGCAACACGGUAAAGUUCCGUUGCCCAGCCAUGGGCAGCCCAAUGCCCAGUAUUCGUUGGCUCAAAAAUGGAAGGGAGUUUAGAAGCGAGCACCGUAUUGGAGGCAUCAAGGUAAUCGAAAUUUUCUCUCUUAAUUUGAUUGACCUUUUGUGCAAUAAGUCUUAUUGCCUUGUGUUUUUUGUUUGCAAGCUGAGGCAUCAACACUGGAGCCUGGUGAUGGAGAGUGUUGUUCCGUCAGACAGAGGAAAUUACACCUGCAUAGUGGACAAUAAAUACGGUUCCAUUUCUCACAGCUAUGUCCUUGACGUCCUGGAGCGCUCCCCCCAUAGACCGAUCCUGCAGGCAGGUCUACCAGCCAACACCACAGCAGUCGUGGGCAGUGACGUCCAGUUCCAAUGUAAAGUCUACAGCGAUGCACAGCCGCAUAUCCAGUGGCUCAAACACAUCGAGAGGAAUGGCAGUCGAUACGGUCCUGAUGGGACACCCUACGUCCAGGUUCUCAAGACUGGCAGUCUGAACACAUCCGAGGUGGAGGUGCUCUACCUGUCUAAGAUCACCAUGGAUGAUGCAGGAGAGUACACAUGUCUGGCAGGAAAUUCAAUCGGUUAUACCUACCAGUCAGCAUGGCUCACCGUCCUGUCAGAGGAAGAAGCUACAGAGUCCAUGGACACCAUCGAGACAAAAUACACUGACAUCAUCAUCUAUGCCUGUGGCUUCCUGGCUCUGAUCAUGGCCAUUGUCAUUGUGGUUUUGUGUCGGAUGCAAGUCCACCCAAGACGUGAGCCAUUUGAUGCCCUUCCGGUCCAGAAGCUUUCAAAGUUCCCGCUGCGCAGACAGUACUCGGUGGACUCAAAUUCAUCGGGGAAGUCCAGUGCGUCUCUAAUGAGGGUGGCUCGCCUUUCAUCCAGCUGCUCUCCCAUGCUGGCUGGAGUGAUGGAGUUUGAAUUACCGUACGACCCCGAUUGGGAGUUCCCUCGGGACAACUUAACACUUGGGAAACCUCUGGGGGAAGGCUGCUUCGGCCAAGUGGUUAGAGCAGAGGCCUACGGCAUUAACAAGGAUGCUCUUGACCAGGCCAAUACUGUGGCAGUUAAGAUGCUCAAAGAUGAUGCCACAGACAAAGAUCUCGCAGACCUCAUCUCAGAGAUGGAGCUGAUGAAGGUAAUGGACAAACACAAGAACAUCAUCAACCUCCUUGGAGUAUGCACACAGGACGGACCUCUGUAUGUACUGGUGGAAUAUGCCUCGAAAGGCAGCCUGCGGGAGUAUCUUCGAGCGCGACGGCCACCGGGCAUGGACUAUACUUUUGAUGUGACCAAGGUUCCUGAGGAACAGCUCACCUUCAAGGAUUUGCUGUCUUGUGCCUACCAGGUGGCCCGAGGGAUGGAGUACCUGGCCUCAAAACGGUGCAUUCACCGAGAUUUGGCAGCCAGGAACGUCCUGGUGACAGAGGACAACGUAAUGAAGAUCGCAGACUUUGGACUGGCCAGGGGCGUCCACCAGAUCGACUACUACAAGAAGACCACCAACGGACGCCUGCCAGUGAAGUGGAUGGCACCGGAAGCCUUGUUCGACCGAGUCUACACGCACCAGAGUGACGUGUGGUCAUUCGGCGUGCUCAUGUGGGAGAUCUUCACCUUGGGGGGCUCGCCGUAUCCUGGUAUUCCUGUCGAGGAGCUCUUCAAAUUGCUGAAAGAAGGCCACCGCAUGGACAAGCCAUCCAACUGCACCCAUGAACUCUACAUGAUGAUGCGUGAGUGCUGGCACGCGGUUCCCACCCAGAGGCCCACCUUCAAACAGUUGGUGGAGCAACUGGACAAGGUCCUGCUGUCCAUCUCUGAUGAGUACUUGGACCUGUCGACGCCCUUCGAGCAGUACUCGCCGUCAUGUGAGGACACGUCCAGCUCGUGCUCCUCGGACAACGACUCGGUUUUUGCCCAUGACACCGUUUCUACUGAGCCGUGCUUGCUGGGCUACCGAGACGCGCAGACACGCGGGGAACCUAAAACGGCGGUCCGAUAAGACCCCUUACCGGCGGCCGUUCCCUAUCCCCCCCCAGAAAACGCUACACGAACGGAGCACUGAGGACAGAGAUGUACUUUGGACACAGAGAGCGGGGACGUUCAUGAAAACCGCGGCACUAAAUCACAUCCGAAGAAACGCCAGAAGGAGCCGGAAUCUUAUUUUUGAAAGACGUUUUAUUUUAACAAGGAAAACAAAUAUAGAUUUAUUUUGCUAUGUUAAAAAAAAAGGAAGCGAUUGUUAAUUAUAAAUCUCUCUAUAUAAGAUUAUUUUACUUUUGUGUUGCUUAUUUAAAAGAAAAAGUCUUAAAUCUCAGGAUCUCUUGUGAAAAAAAAAGAAGUUGGAAGAAGUGCCUGAAUUUAUGAUUUCCUGUGAAUAUAUUAGAAUAAUAAAGUAUUGUAUGUAUAUAUAUAUACAUAUAUAUAUAUCAUCCAGUGGUAACGCAAAUACAAUUGCCUUUAUAAAUUAUUUUGUAUGACACGAAACUGAGUGACGCCUCAAAUGUUUAGACCAAAUCCAAAAAAUCAAACAAACUUUUUUCUAUCUGAAUGAUGACUUGAUCGGAUUUUUUACAAAUAACAUUUGUAUUGCUUUAGUAAACAAAGGUGGUCAAACACAUUUUGGUUCGUGAGACACAUUUAUGGCAAUUAGAUCUAAUGUGUGCCGGAUUAGUUUAUUUUUGGCCGAAAAAGUAAACUCACUAGCAGCAAUUUACGGUAUUUUGACUUGGAUGGGAUGGGCGAAUUUGUUCAUUCGCCCCUCCAGGUCAAAACAAAUUGGACAUUAAGCGCCGUCAAUGGCACUGGAAAAUUAGCAGUCACAGCUGGUACUUCCAGUGUCAGUGAAUUGUCUGUCAUUGUCAAUGCCAGGCAAUGAGAUUGUUUUACGUCACUUCCAUGUAAUUUUAAGAUACUUACAGGCAAGGGCGUAGGUUUGGUCUCAACAUUGGUAGGGACGAUACAACAGCAUAAUCUACAUGUACACUUUUUGCUGGGGACGGGACAUUUAUAAGGCCAAAAAGACUGAGUG